GUUCUAGGCAGGAAGUUGAUUGUGUGCUGAGACAACAGGACGACGUUGUACCGGUGUGAAAAUGGCAGGAGCUGACGGUGACGAUUCGCUUUAUCCCAUUGCGGUGCUCAUCGACGAGCUGAGGAAUGAGGACGUGCAGCUACGUCUCAACAGCAUCAAGAAGCUGUCCACCAUUGCUCUAGCAUUGGGAGUUGAAAGAACCAGGACUGAGCUUUUGCCAUUCCUUACAGACACCAUUUAUGAUGAAGACGAGGUUCUUUUGGCACUUGCAGAACAACUGGGAAGCUUCACCAGUCUUGUGGGUGGUUCAGAGUUUGUUCACUGUCUUCUGCCCCCUUUGGAAAGCCUGGCAACUGUUGAAGAGACAGUCGUUCGUGACAAGGCAGUGGACUCCUUGAGGAAGAUCUCUAAUGAACAUUCUCCUGUUGAUCUUGAAGCUCACUUUGUACCACUGGUUAAACGUCUGGCCAGUGGGGACUGGUUCACUUCUCGUACAUCUGCUUGUGGCCUUUUCAGUGUCUGCUAUCCCAGGGUGUCCAGUACAGUCAAAGCAGAAAUAAGGCAACAUUUUCGCAAUCUGUGUUCAGAUGACACUCCUAUGGUGCGCCGUGCAGCUGCAUCCAAACUGGGAGAGUUUGCCAAAGUCCUUGAGCUUGAGUAUGUAAAGAAUGACCUCAUUCCUCUAUUUACCAAUCUGGCUUCAGAUGAACAGGACUCUGUGCGUCUCUUGGCAGUAGAAGCAUGUGUAAAUAUUGCUGAGUUACUGCCUGAAGAAGAUCUGGAAGCCCAUGUGUUGCCAACUUUACGUCAAGCCACAGAAGACAAAUCAUGGCGUGUCCGCUACAUGGUUGCAGACAAGUUUUCAGAGCUCCAGAAAGCUGUGGGUCCAGAGAUUACUAAAAAUGACCUUGUCCCAGCCUUUCAGAACUUACUUAAAGAUUGUGAAGCUGAAGUGCGGGCUGCUGCUGCUCAUAAAGUUAAAGAAUUCUGUGAAAACUUGCCAGAUGAUGGAAGAGAGACCAUUAUAAUGAGUCAUAUUUUACCUUAUGUUAAGGAAUUGGUUUCUGACACAAACCAGCAUGUGAAAUCGGCCUUGGCCUCUGUAAUCAUGGGAUUAUCCACAAUUUUAGGCAAAGAUAAUACAAUUGAACACCUCCUGCCUCUCUUCCUGGCCCAAUUAAAAGAUGAGUGUCCAGAAGUGCGCCUGAAUAUUAUAUCUAAUUUGGACUGUGUGAAUGAAGUGAUCGGCAUCCGCCAGCUUUCUCAGUCCCUGCUUCCUGCUAUAGUGGAGUUGGCUGAGGAUACAAAGUGGAGAGUGCGGCUGGCAAUCAUUGAGUAUAUGCCACUACUUGCUGGUCAGCUGGGUGUGGAGUUUUUUGAUGAAAAGCUGAAUUCCUUGUGUAUGGCUUGGUUGGUUGAUCAUGUCUAUGCGAUCAGAGAAGCUGCAACCAAUAAUCUUAUGAAGUUGGUAGAAAAGUUUGGAGCUGAAUGGGCCCAGAACACCAUCGUUCCCAAGGUUCUUGCCAUGGCAAAUGAUCCAAACUACCUGCAUCGAAUGACCACACUGUUCUGUGUCAAUGCCCUGUCUGAGGCCUGUGGAAAGGAAAUAACCACCAAACUGAUGCUCCCAAUUGUGCUCAAAAUGGCAGCUGACCAGGUAGCAAAUGUACGAUUCAAUGUGGCUAGAUCCCUACAGCGAAUAGGUCCAGUACUGGAUGACACAACAUUGCAAUCUGAUGUCAAACCCAUUCUGCUGAAGUUGGGACAGGAUGAAGACAUGGAUGUGAAAUACUUUGCGCAGGAAGCAAUGACUGUUCUUGCUUUGGCAUAAGGAAGAUGUAGGAAACCCGGCCCGGCUCUCUGUUCUGUAUGAAUCUGGAAACAACCUUUAGAGACCUCAUGGAUACAAAUGGCAACUACUGUUGGAAGACCACAUUCCCACACAUGUGCCUCUUCUGGAACAAAAAAAAAACUUUUUUAAGAAUUAUUUAUGCAUUUUCUGUUACCGUUUAUUUGCUUAUUGAUGGUCUUAUUUUUACUGGUGGCUCAGUGUAUCAUCUAAGUGUUCUGGUGAUGGGCACAAAACCUGCUAACUUGAACAUGAGACGGCAGCAGGCUCCACCUGCUAUAUUCAUAAAAGUUUAAAUCCUAACUGUUGAAAAGUGAAGCUAAAAUUGUAUUGAGUCAAGUAGAGUAGGGUUAGGCCUGAUAUGUGAGCUCACACGGAAUAGCAACUCUCUACUGAAUUUCCAGCCCAUUUCUUGGCCAGCUUACAGGUAACUGUGCAAUAUCCCAACUUCAGUUAUUCCUUAUAGUAUGCACGUUUGUCUGGUAUAGGAAAGACUAAAAGAAUGCAGAGAUGCUCCUAAACAGUUCAUCUGGCAAAUAUUCAAAGACUUGCAUCUAGUGACCCUUGUUUUGAUUUCAUUUCUAUUUUGGCUUCUAACAAAAUGUGAGCCCACUGGAAAGGUCAGUGUUCUUUUUUUUAACCGUAAAAGUUACAGGACGCUGCAACGUGAAUGAAAUGGCUACUAAUCUUUUGUUUUUUUUAUUAUUUUAAUGAAGUGCUUAUAUGGCAAAAUUGGGUGGGAUAUAGAGCAGACGAGCACGAUUUUCAGGUCCGAAUUCAGUUUACUGCCCCUUUAGUGGUCAGAGGCAUUCCCUCAUAGUGUAUAUUGCUGUUCUGCUUUGCACUCUUAUCAGCUGUAGAAAUUGUCAUGUAUGUGCCCAGUAAUAAGGAAAUAAAGAUUAAACUUGUG